AUGCAAACACAAGUGUGGUUGGAGCAGGAAUGGCAAGACGUUCAUUUGUUGUGGGAUCCCUCUCGUUUUGGUGGCGUUGAAUCAAUUCACGUGCCUGCGGAGGACCUCUGGAGACCUGACAUUGUGCUUUACAACAACGUUGAUGGCAAGUAUGAAAUUACAACGCUAAUACGGGCGGAGGUCUUCUUCAAUGGGACGGUGCGAUGGAUGCCACCUGCACUCUACCUGAGUGCCUGCCGCAUCGAUAUGGAGUACUUUCCCUACGACGAACAGACCUGCUCCAUGCGAUUCGGCUCGUGGACUUACGACGGCAGUAAAGGCAGGUUUCUACACACUGCUUUCUUCGCACAAAAUCUGAUUCUGAUUCGACUCUUCUCACCGAAUGCCAACUUCAAUUUUCAUGCCAUGGGGUACGCCCCAGAGCUCUCACGACCCCUCCACAUAGACUAUGCGGCUGAUCUACACAACUUCGGUAGCACCAUCGAGUACGACGUGAUCUCGGUUUCCGCUGUGUGCUAUGACCGAGUGUACCAGCAUUCGCCUCACCCCUACCCUGAGGUUGUAUUCCAUUUCCGCAUGCGUCGUCGCACGGCUUUCCACACAUUUAAUCUCCUCCUACCCUGCGUGGCCAUCACGGUGCUCGCCGUGAUGACUUUUAUGUUGCCACCGGAGUGCCGAGAGAAGAUCUCUCUCUCUAUCACUACCCUUCUGGCACUUACCCUCUUCUUUCUUCUCAUCUCGAAGAUGGCGCCACCAACAAGUUUAGCGGUGCCAUUGAUUGGCAAGUACCUUCUCUUCACCAUCGUUCUCAUCACCUCCUCCAUUCUUCUCACCGUGGUUGUGCUCAACAUUCACUUCCGCUCUGCAGAGACGCACUCAAUGGGAAAGUGGAUGAGGUGCAUCUUUUUGGAGGUGCUACCACCUCUACUGGGUCUAAAACCACCAAAACAAGUAGGUUCAUUAUUGAGUGCCAACAGUACCAACAGUCUGUUAGUGGUUCCAUUUUAUCAAAUCAGAGACUUAAUUUUUAUGUAUUUUCUAUGCCAAGAUUGA